UUUCAAAUUUGAAAAAGCGAAAAGAAGCCGUUGGACUUGAUAGAGAGAGAGAGAGAGAGAGAGAGAUGAUGGAAAGUGAAGGCAAACUUGGUCCUGCAAUGCUUUCAUCAUGGGCAGAUGAAGUUGAGAAAGAAGAUGAAGAAAAAGCUAGGGCUCAAGUGCAGCAAAAGGAGAAACCAAAUCCCUUUGGGUCUGCCAGACCAAGAGAAGUUGUUCUUCAGGAGAAAGGAAUUGAUUGGAGAAAACUGGAUCUCCAUCUUGAACAACAAGCAUCCCUUGUAAGGCAAGAGCCCCUCAGUGAGAAGUGCAAGGAAAACAUUCCUGCUUCGUCAUUGUCGGUUAUCAACAGGGUACAAUCAGAGCCCCAGAGAAAGGGGUUGAAAGAUGCAAAUUUGAGGUUCAAUCUUUUAGCUGCCCCAAACCAGGUGAUAGUUGUGCCUCCUCUAAGAUAUCCACCAAGAAAUAUCGCGGCCAGUUUGUCCAAAUCCAGAAUUUCUUAUAUGAACCUCUAUGAUUUGGAAAAUGGGCAGCAUGGUUUUCAGUACGGGAGUAACUUGAAGCCUGAGAAAAAUCAUGCCACUGGUAGAAGUGGAACACAAAUGGUUCACUGUCAUAAGAAAAGAUUGCACAUCGAGCAGGGGCGCCAGUUCAUGAAGAAUGGUAUCAAAUUUGAGUCUGGACAAUCAAUGGGGAAAAACAAGAACUUGUCAAAACCAGUGGCCCAUUGCAACGGGCAGCAUUCAGAUUAUGAUCAUCCAAGAAGAAAAUUCGAUGGGAGUGGGCAGAAUAUGAUGACUUCACUGCUGGGGACACAUCCAAUACAGGAUAGAAUGCGUUUGUUACCCAGUGAGAGAGCCUGGAAGAGUGUUAAAGAUAACCCAGCAGUGAAGGAAGCGACUAAGCCCCAUCUAACAAGCCGGUCAUGUACCAGACGCAGAAACAUCGAACACAAGAUAUGGAGCCAGCGAACCUCAUGCAAGGAGAGAACUGUCUCUCAAGAAGAUAGCCGCAGUGGGAUGGAGAGAUCUGCUGCCGAAGGAAAGCAGCAAAAACUCAACAGCUAAGAAAAGGAAGUGGUCGCAAUCAGUGAUGGCGGGCGUACAGGAUCUAGAAACUAGGAGUUAGACACAGUUUUACUGGAUAGAGAACUCGUACCACUAACAAGUAACAAGUAGAGCCUUGCCAAUUCUGGAUCAACAAUGCUUUGGAAUUAAGUACUUUUCAGUUUCCAACAUGAAUUGCUUCCGUUGAUUUAAAAUUUCUUUCUAAAGAUCGCAAAUUGAAACCAAAGUAAUUUGAACUUUUACUAGAUUGAAAAUUAACUGCUGGAUUUUCCAUGCUUUUUUGCUGCUUA